AUGAGGUCUGUCUACCGCGACCCCGUCUCCCAGUUGGCCAUCGUGCCGCUGGAGGCGGUGGGGCUCGAGGCCCGGGACGCCUUUCGCGCGUUGCUGCCGCCGCCGCCCUACUUCGCGGCCGCCGGGGGCGCGAUCCCCGUCAUCCUCUACUACGCCCCCGUCACACGACGCACGCGGCUGGGUCGAAGCCUGCCGUGCCACCUGCUGCUCUCGCGCAGCCACUGGUACCUCUGCAAGCCCACAGGGAAGGUCUCGCGCUGCUGCCGCGUCGAUCGCAUCGCCAAGGUGAUCCUCUGCCGCGACGCGUACGUGGUCUGGAAGAUGCUGAGGGGCCGCGAUGUUGUGCUGCGCCUUGGCGACGCCGACGAGGUCGCCUUCGUGACAAACCUUCUGCGCAUCCUCCGGCUCUCCGCCACCGGCUGUGCGCUGCCUGUGCUGGAGAAGCACGCGGAGCAGUACACGAGCCUCGCCGGGGUGGAGAAGCCGCAGCUCGAGCGCACGGGACACGAAGAGGGGGUGUGGCCGCUGCCUCUGGUGUCGGCUGCGGAGGCAGAGCGGCAGUGCAGCGCGGAGAACGUCCUGCUGCUGCUGCCGCCACCCCCGCUGUCGCGGCCGCAGGCACAUUUGGAGCUUGACGCCGGCCCCACGCGGCGGAAUGCGCGUGUGGAGGCAGUUUUGCGGUACAUGGACGGCCACGUUGCGAGUCCGCGCGUGCCUGCCUCUCCUGACGCGGAACCGUGGGAGGCAGCAGCGGCAGCUUCCGCCGUUCCGUCACAGCGGGCCCCGUCCACGGCGGCGUCGACGAUACGACGCAUCCUGCCCGUGGCGGAGAGCGAGCCGGUGGAGACGCGGCCGACGUCCCCGUCACCGCACGACUCCCUCGUAGGGCCCACGCACGCCUCGGCGAAGUGUCGUCCCCCGCCGCCGCCGCCGCUCAUGCCGCCGCACCGCCUGCAUCUGUUGGGCGCAGCAGGGGGUGAGCCCCUGGGGACGCUGCGGAAGUUGCGCGAGGUGGAGGACCGCGUCACCUCCUUGGAGCGGGAGAACGAGUCGCUGCGACGCUCGUGGGCGCAUUCGCCGCAGCCGCCCCUCUGCGAAAACGCGGGCUCCUUCCGAACGCCCUCCCCUCUGCCUGGAAACCCAUUUCCCCGGCUGACCCCGCCGCUGCGUCUUCCGUCGCAGAAGGAGAAUGGGCGCGCAGGCGCCGCCGAGUUUGAGCGGCGCAUCGCGGCGAAGCCACUUGCAGAGCGCCUCGAAAUACGUCGACAUGAAAUUGACCGCAACCUGCAGCGGGUGUCGUCGUACAUAGAGGCAGCCGAUGCGGAGCACCUCACGCUUGUGACAUGCCUGCAGGAGGAUUUGUUGCUCCUGCUGCAAGCGCAGCAGGCCGAGGAGGAGUUGGGCGAGGCGCAACGGCGGGCAGAGACCCACGGCAUGGAUAUCGCAAGACCAAAGGAUCAAUCAGCACGCCGCGGUAUGCUGGACGCGGAGGAUGAGGCGGAAGAAGAGGGAGAUUUCGGGCUAGACGACUAUGAUGUGUGGGCGGCGACCGAUGACGGGAAGGAGUGGUACAAUGACCUCUUCGGUGAACACCUCACGGCGUGCAAGGUGACGAUGGUGCGGAAUGCGUUUACGCGUCUCACUACGUCGAUGUGA